CUUUCACACAGUUCUCCUCUCCUCUGAAAAUAACCCUAGUUUUUCCAUCUUUCUUCUUCUUUAGAAAUGGCGUCUGCUGAUGUUGAGUUUCGGUGCUUUGUCGGCGGUUUGGCUUGGGCCACCGACGACCAGGCUCUCGAACGAGCCUUCUCUCAGUUUGGCGAAGUUGUCGACUCCAAGAUCAUCAAUGAUCGUGAGACCGGCCGAUCCAGAGGAUUUGGAUUCGUGACUUUCAAGGACGAGAAAGCGAUGAAAGACGCCAUCGAGUCGAUGAACGGCCAGGAGCUCGACGGCCGUAACAUCACCGUGAACGAGGCUCAGUCUCGCGGAAGCGGCGGAGGCGGCGGCGGUCGUGGUGGUGGCUACAGAAGUGGUGGCGGAGGAUACGGAGGCGGUGGUGGUGGUGGUUACAACCGCCGCGGUGGUGGUGGUGGUUACGGAUCUGGUGGAGGUGGUUACGGCGGUGGCCGUCGUGACGGAGGUUAUGGAGGCGGUGAUGGUGGGUAUGGAGGCAGCGGUGGUGGCUGGUAAUCGGGUUGUUAGGGUUUUGUGGCAAUGGAAUUAGCUGUAGUGUUGGGUUACCCACUCUUCUUUACCGUUCCGUGUGCUCUUUGGAAGUGUGACUGAUCGUUUUUGGUAUUCGUGGCCUGAUGAUCCUUCUCAAAAAAUAUUUAUCAUCGUGUUGUUUACUAUCAAGAUUAAUUUCUGUUCUCUUUUGCUUGCU